UCAGCGAAGAAGUAAACAAGCGGCGGGGGAUUAUGGGUAACGGUGUUUAUCCCUCAUAGGGCUUCCUUUGUGUUUGGAAACAACUGCACAUCACAUGCGACUUUUCGCAGUUGUUUCAAGGCUAAAACGCUACAGAACACUUAAGUGUUUUAUUUGUGUAAAGGGAGUAUUUUUUUUUAAAGGCUAUGCGUGAGAUGUUGCAGGCGUAAGCAUCAAGGAGUUAAUUGUCAAGUCAGUGGAUGCAGAACGAGCUCAAAUCAUCAGGCUUCCACCACUGUGCUGAACCGUUUUCUGUUGCUAAUAAUCAAAGUGCUGCAGACCUUCCCAAACAAACAAGGAAUUUGACUCAGUGUUUCAGACUCUUCAACAAGCUCUGUGAGGAAUGGAGUUUCCAGAAGAUUUCAACCAGCUAGAGCUCCUUGACACCCACGAACACCUGAUCCCCAGAGGGCCCACGAGCUCCUGGACUGCAAGCAAGGAUGAGGAGGAAGAGGUGGACGAGGAGCCGCACAGCGAGGAGUGGUAUCAUGAAAAGGAAGAGGCGCUGAAAGACGAGCCAAAGGAGCUCAUUCUCUGGGCAGCAGAAAACAACCGCCUCACGACAGUCCUCCAUUUGUUAGCUGCUGAUUCUCUGCUGGUGCACUUCUGUGACGAGGACGGUUACACCCCACUGCACCGUUCAGCGUACAGCGGUCAUGUGGAAGUCGUGAGGACUCUACUUGACGCCGGCUCCAUGGUCAAUCACCGUACGGUCGACGGCUGGACGCCUCUGCACAGCGCCUGUCGAUGGAGCCACGUUGCCGUUGCAAGUUGUCUCCUGCGAUACGGCGCCCAGCUUAAUGCCCAGACCAAUGGUGGGCUCACACCCCUGCACCUGGCUGCCUCCCACUCAAACUCCUCCAAACCAAACACUGCACACAUUUUAGAGUUCCUCCUCUCCAAUAGAAACCUGAAACCCGGGGUCCGCAGCAGCAGCGGGGAAACGGCCGGUGACGUGGCCCGACGUAGCGGCCCGUAUGACUUUUUGUUUGAGAUGGUGGAAGACUGUGUUAAUGUAGUCCCAUUUGUUACAGCAUCUUAAUUUAAUUACUCUUUUUAGGUACAGCUUGAUAAAACUUUCUCAGUUUUUAACUACUGUAUUUGCAAAAGUAUUAAUUAACUCAAAACUUCUCCACUUUUAGUUGCAUUACAGACACUAACAUUGAUAUAUUGGAAUUUUAUGUGGUAGACCAACAGAAAGUGAUGCAUGAUUGUUUAGUGGAAAGAAAAUGAUUGUUUGUGCUUCAUUGGGGCUCUGACUGUAUGUUUAGGGUCUGUUGCUGCCUCUAACAUAAAACUAACCAGCUUUCCUGUUCCCUCUAAAAAGAAGAAUCCCCACAUCAUGAUGCUGCCACCACCAUGCAUCACAAUGGGUAUGGUGUGUUUUAGCCAUGAAAGUGUAGAGUUUUCUACCUCACAUGGCAUUUGUAUGCCAAGGGUAUCACUUCUUGUCCCAUCUUACGAGAGGACCUUUCAUACUUUUGCUGUAUAUCGACUUUGUGGUAAACGUUGAACAGGACUUCUUUUGACUUUCUUUAAUGGAUUCCUCUUUUGCCACUUGUUCUAUUAAGAUCAGAUGUGUGAAGUGCCCAGCCAAUAUAUACCCUUUCUUUACAGAUCUGUCUGGCUCUACUUUUGUUCUGUUAAAUAAAAUCUAAUAAAAAUAAAUUGUUUUUAUACGAACUGUAAACAAGCUGAAAGGCUAUGAAUACUUCAAUAGGGCACUGUAAGAGGUCUGAUUCACUCAAUUGUGGGUCAAUCUGUAAAUGAACUACUUGCUUUUUUGUUAUAGUUGUAUGAUGGGUUAAAGGUAGUUUAAUGAAGUUACAAAUAAAUAACACUUGAACUUGAA